CUAGUAGUAGAUCCACACCGCUUGCAAAAACCCAGAGACCACCACCAUCCUCCCACGCCCCUGAUCCGAUCUGACGGAGCCGGCCAUGGCGGUUAGGGUUUGGCUCUCCGCCAUCCUCCUCGCCUUCCUCCUCGCCGCCUCCCCCAUCGCCCGAGUUGCUGGAACUCAGUCAGAGGAAGAUGCUGCUAUGGCAGAAGUUGUCGAGAACGCUGAUCUAGGAUACGUCGGUGAUGACACUCCGGUUUCCAGUGAUGCACCUUUGACCCCCGCUCCUGGUGUGGAGACUGUAUGUGUCUUCCCCAAAAAUGCUGGCAAAAUUGUACCAGCAGGUGAAGAAACUGAGCUAUUGGUUGGCCUGCAAAAUGACGGUGAAUCAACUUUAAAUGUUGUUGCUGUUCAUUCAACUCUCCACCUUCCUUACGAUCAUCGUAUGUAUGGCCAAAACCUUACUGUCCAGAGUUUCUACAAUGCAUCAGUUCCCGUCUCUGUGCAAGCAACCUUUCCCUAUACAUUUGCCGUGAGCAAGUUCUUGCAGCCUGGGGCAUAUGAUCUUGUUGGUUACAUAGUGUAUGAAAUCGAUCAGCACCCGUACCAGAAUGUCUUCUACAAUGGCACCAUUGAGGUUGUUGAGGUUGGAGGCUUACUCAGUGUUGAAUCAGUGUUCCUUAUUACCCUUGGAAUUGCACUUCUUGGUCUCUUUGGAUUGUGGGCUUAUGGUCAAGUGCAACAGCUCUCAAAGAAAACAAAGAAGGGCCCCAAGGUGGAAACAGGAACUGGAACAACUGAUGCCAACAUGGAUGAGUGGCUGGAGGGUACUGCGUUUGCAAAGGAGAAAGCCAAGAAAAAUAAAUAGAUUCAAGGUUGUUGAGCCUAGUUAAUCAUGUGAGCAUCUAGAAUGAGACAAUUGUGGGUAGCCCUUCACAAGUAACUUGGAUAGAUGAGAAAGCGGAGGUGUUUGAGUUAGUCUCGUGGCUGCACAUCUUGUUGACACCAUUUUCGACCUUGUUGUGUACUUUACAGAAAGUUUUCUUGAAACACAAUUUUGUUGAAGGUAUAUGUUAUGAAUGGAUUUCUGAUCUUAGUUGAUCUUA